CUGAGCUCUUAAUUCGGGUGGGCUUCGCUGAGCUCGGCUGGGCGGCGAGGAUGCCCUCCGGGCGGCGGCGGAGACCCCGGCGGAGGAGCCACGACCCAUGACAGCCUCCUACGUGAUGUUCUACAGGUCACCUUCAACCAUGUCGCCGCCUUCCAAAAACCGAUUCAAGCGACAAAGUCGGAUAUUCUCCCAGGUCUUGUAUCGGACGCUGAGCUACAAGGACCGGGGCUCGCUGGCUGGUUAUUUGGGGGCGAACAAGGAGGACCCAUCUGAGCUCUCCACCCAAGUUUCGGCUCCUGGAGUUCUCAAGAUCUUUGGAUGUCACAUCUCUGUAGGCACUCAUUACAAGAGUGUCUUGGCCACGGGAAGCUCAAGUGCCCAAGAGCUGUUGAAAGAAGCCCUUGAGAGGUAUGGGCUCAGCAGGGUGGAUGUGGGCCAUUACGUCCUCUGCGACGUGGUCGGGACCUUUGCUGGCUCGGAGAAGCAGUGGAAGAUGGAAGGGCUGAGAAUCCUGAGGGACCACGAGAAGCCGCUCGUGAUCCAGGACCUUUGGAAGCCGCGGGAAGGUUUCUCUCGAAGGUUUGAGCUCCGGAGGAGGUCCGAAGUGGAGGAGAUGACCAAGGACAAAGACACCGUCACCGCAGGAAUUAACGCCCAGGCUCGGAAGCUCCAGCGCAACCGCACCAAAGGCACCAUGACCCUAUUGAGGGCUUACCAUACUUCGCCCCCCAGCCUUAGGCGCACCGUCAGCGAGACCAGCCUUAGCCAAGCGGGCCCACUGGAGGACCAGAAAGAGGAGGGGCCUCUUCGACGGCACUACUCAACACUGCCGGAGACCCUCCGAUGCAUGGAAGGGGUACCGGAUGGGCGAGCGGCGGCUGCCCUUGAAGAGCCGAAUGGGAGUAACACCUUGAGACUCUCCCUCUAUCAGUCCCCACAUCUGCUGCUCCUUCAGGGAUACAGCCAGCAACACGACAGGCUGGUGUACCUCUUGAACCGCGAGCAACACACCGUUGGCCAACGGACUCAAUCCAGCAAGCCGAGCAUUAGCCUCUCGGCGCCCGACAUCCUUCCUCUCCACUGCUCCAUCCGGCGGGCGAAGCUGCCCACCCGUUCUCGCCACCGCUCCGAGGAGAAGCUCAUCUUGGAACCCAUCCCGGGUGCCAGCGUCUCCAUCAACUUCUCCGAGGUGCGGAAGACGGCGGUGCUCCGUCACGGUGACCUCAUCUCCCUCGGCCUCUCCUACCUCUUCCUCUACAAGGACCCACUCAAAACUCAGCUGCUGCCCACCCAGACGCUGGUGAAGCUGAAGGCCAUGCGCCGGGCUCCCGAGCCCGAACCGUCAUCGUCGACCCCCUGCAAGAUAUGUGGUGCCCACUUCAAAGACAAGGCCUCCUCUUCCAAAAAGCAAGAGGCCCAGCCCUCCUCUGGACGGAAGAGCAGCCGGAGGAAGCUGCAGCUGGAAUUUGACAAGGCCAACGAAGACCUCCUGCUGAGAAGGAUCAUGACCCUCAUCGAUCCCACCGGAGAUGACCACAAGUUGACCCCGGCCUUUUUGCUGUGUCUCUGCAUCCAGCACUCGGCCACCCAUUUUAGGCUGGGAGACUUUGGGCAGAUGCUACUCAAGGCGACGAAGAUGGUUCAGAAGAGCGUGUGGGAGAAAACAAAUGAGCUUGCAGAAAAACAAUCCUUACACCAGGAUCCAGCGUCGCUUUCCCGCUUCACCAUCUCGGAUCUCCUCCCCGACCUUCAGCACGUGGUUUUCUGGAUGUCCAACUCCAUUGAAAUCCUGUACUUCAUUCAGCAGAAAUCCCCCGUUUACAUCCAGAACAUGGAGGAAGAGCUGGAUAUCAAAGGAUCUAAGGAAUCCCUCUUCUCCUUGACCAUCACAGCUAGUGAGGAAGCCAUGACGGUUCUGGAGGAAGUCAUCAUGUACACCUUUCAGCAGUGCGUUUACUACAUCUCCAAGUCUCUCUAUGUGGCUCUGCCCCCGUUGUUGGAGUGCAACCCCUUCCAAAGUGAAGGCCGCGACGGUUGGCUCUCCUCGCCCCCGUUGCCCGAGGAAAUCCACAAAGUGGUGUCGAUUUACCAAGCCGCCCUAGAUCUUCUCCAUCAGUACGACGUCCACCCUGAAGUCACCUCCCAGAUGUUCGCCUACCUCUUCUUCUUCUCCAACACCCUCCUCUUCAACCAGCUCAUGGAAAAAGGUUCCUCUCUGGGCUGUUUCCACUGGUCAAAAGGGGUCAGGAUAAGGGCCGCCGUGCGUCUCCUUCUGGAGUGGGCCCAGAGCGUGGGCCUGGGGCCUCUAGCAGACCAGUUCUUCGCCAAGCUCUGCAGCGUGGCCAGCCUGUUAGCCAUGCCCAAUUCUCAGCUGCUGCAGAUGUCCUGGCCCGUCUUGAGAAGCGAGUUCCCUGCCUUGAACCCGCCGCAGCUGAGUCACAUCUUGACCCAAUACCAGACGUCUUCUUCUGCCAUGGGGUGUGUCCCUGCUUGGCAGCCUGGCAACGGCGAUGCUCUGGCAGCUGUGAGGACAGAUGACAUUCUGGAAUCUUUUGAUAACCAUCCCCCCAUCAUGCUGCCCACCGGUGGGUUCAAGGUGGACCUGGAGACCGAUCAUCUCGAUGACAACGUCUACCGGCAUCUUCUGUACAUCCGCCAUUUCCUGUGGAGCCUACGCAGCAAAAGCCCGCACUCCAGCGACUCUCUGGAAGCAGAGACCCCAAAGACUGAAACGGUCAGCUGCCAAGCGACACCCCCAGCGGAGUCUGAGACAAUAGUUGGGUCGGUUGAGAGCGCCUUUGACUGGACGAAUGCCAGGAGGACGAUGAACGGUGAGAAGCCGAAGAGGGAGGAGAACGUCUCCCAGGUGACUGUUUCCAACCUGUCCACCUCAAAUUAUGGGACUUGUGAGACGCAGCUACCCAACACUCUCCAACAGCAGCAACUUGAGAGACCGAAGGGGAAGAAUGGGACCAAGCCAGUCACGGUGUCUGUGGAUUCCUCCUGUUUGUUGACUCCGCCUAACACACCUCUGAUCUUUGACUCCAUCGGCCUGGAAUUGCCCCCAGAAGCUACACCUGGGAAGGACAUCCCAGAGUCUCGGAGAAACGGACUCAACGGCACCAAAACCCCAACCCAGGAAGGAUCGUCUCCCGCGCCCUACGACUUUCCCACUCCGGCUUCUUCGAAUCGCAGCUCGGCCACUGACGAUUUUUGCUACGUCUUCGUGGUGGAGCUGGAAAAGGGGCCCAUCGGUUUGGGGAUGGGAUUGAUUGAUGGUUUGCAUACCCCUUUAAGUUCUCCCGGGAUCUACAUUCGGACUUUGAUCCAAGACAGUCCAGCGGCAACCGAUGGCAGACUCUCGAUUGGGGACCGCAUCCUUGCCGUCAACGGCACGAGCCUCGUUGGCUCUCAUUACCAGAGCGCUGUAGACCUCAUUCGAUCUGGCGGGAAGAAGCUGCGCUUCCUGGUGGCCAAGUCUGAUCUGGAAGUUGCCAAGAAGAUCAGCUAUAGUUCUUCACCUUCCCCAUAAAAGCUGGUCCAAUUACCUUCUGCAAUUCACGUACCGUUGAAGGUGCUCCAAGGAUAGCAGAGUAAGCUUGGUUGGAUCCAUCAGCAGAUGACACCCCUGGGAAGUUCCGAAGGCUGCCUGGAGUUGCAAUGGGUCAAUUUGUGUGUCUGUUUGGGGAGGGGGAGACACAGUGCCAUGCUACUCUUUUGAGACCCAGAGGUUUUCCACCAAGUGCCCCAAGAUUGACCACAAAGCAUUUUCCAAGAGGACAUGUCAAAUUGACCUUCUAGCAACUCAAAAGUACUGGGAUUUGGGGCAAAUUAUGUCCAUCUCUGCUUUGCUUUACAGUAGGGAAUUCCAUCUGGGCCACACAAUCCCUUCCAAUACUCCAAAACUUGCAAGGCUCCCAAGCUGGUUAUUUGGGACCUUCUCCUCCUUAAGGACUUCACCGGUUGCAGGUAUCUUGGCUUGCCCCCUGGGCCAACUGGCUUUUGCUGCAAUGACAAUGGGUCAAGUGAAUGGACUCGAAAGGUAGAGUAUUGAUACUUCCAUCCUGCUCUGACUCGGUGGGCCCUGAAGCUUUCAACUCUGCUUUUGGCCCUAACGGUUCUUUCUAUUCAGCUCAGGAUGGUGUGGAACCAGCUGCCUGCUCUGGGGUGUGGAAAGUCAAAAUUAGGGCAUUUUUAACGAGGUUUUGGGAAAUGAUAAUUGCAUGCCAGGAACCAAAGAUGGAUGCUUUAUAUAAAAAAAAACACGCCCUUCCUCCAGUUAAGUCGGAAGGGAAGGUUGCUAUGCACGCAAGGGAAAAUGGGCUAUUUAAACAAAAAUAGAAUGGGCCGCUCUCUCUUGCAAAUAUUUUAUUUAUUUGCAUACGGGAUUCCUGUCUUUAGAUCGUCCGCGCGACAAACCGAAAGCAAUAACAGGUUGCAGCUCUCAAAAGCAACAUGCCGGGAACUCUGGGUUGGGAUCAGGGAGUCUGAUGAAUCCCCUUUCCUGCUGAUCUUUCUUAGCUUAGCCCAGAGGUGGCGAACCUUUUCGGCACUUGCAUGGAAACAUCAUGCACGCAUGUGUUUGUGUGCUCGUUGGGGUCGCGCUCUGGAAAAGCCAAACUUCCCGAUUCUAGCACACACAUGCGCACCUGACAAUCAGCUAACUGGCACGCAUGCACGGGCUGGUUUUUGGCACUGCCACGCGCACGAAGGGAAUCACACUCCGGAAAAGCCAAACUUCCAGGUUCUGGAAUGCACGCACACCCGACAAUCAGCUGGACAGCGUGUUUUUCGGCACUGCUGUGUGCGCAAAAGACAGCUGAUCAUCGUGCGCGCAUGUGUGCCAGAAACCCAGAAGACAAAUAGGCAAGGCUGUGGGUGCCGGGCGACAUGGCUUCAUGUGCCACUUUGGGCACAGGUUCCAUAGAUUUGCCGAGGUGGCGCAGUGGGUAGAGUGCAGUA